AUGGACACGCUGGAGCGCUCGCGCGGCAGCCUCUUCGACCACGACGUGCCCUCGCUCACCGCCUCGCUCGAGGCCUUCGACCCGGAGCGCAGCCGGCUCUCGCAGUCGGGCUACAGCGCGCGCAGCGCCAUGCACUCCAGCCGCUGGAGCAUCCCCCCGCAGGAGGCAGACGAGUCGGAGCACGAGAGCGACGGGCCCUGGGCGCCGCCCGCCUGGCAGAAGAGCAACAACCAGUGGCACCGCCGCUCGCUGCUGCACUCGAGCCGCUCGCCCUCGUACUACCGCUCCGACCGCGAGACGACGCCCUCACGCAUCCCGCUGCCCGAGUCGCCCAUGAAGAACACGCCGCAGGGCAGCCCCGAGCCCGACGACCAGCAGCGCCGCGCGACCGACAACAUCGCCUCGCGCCUGCAGAGCCCCAUGGCCGACCUCGACGAGGAGCCCGCCGACGACCUGGCCCUGUCGCACCACGACGCCGAUGCGAGCCCCAUGGAUGGCUUCGUCCGCUUUGCCAUCCGCGGAGAGACGCUGUUCCGCACCGCGCCGCUGGAAGAGACCCUCAGCACCUUUGCGAGCGGCAUGGGCAUGUUCACGCGGACGCGGCGCAACGUCGUCAUGACCAUUGCGACUGUCGUCCUGAGCUGGGUGCUGCUGCACCCCUGGAACACGGCCCUGAUCCCGGACGUCGCCAACGUCGCAAACAUGGCCAAGCAGUUCGAGCCGCUCAUGUACGCGAGCGAGAACGUCAUACCGCGCUCGAGGGAGCUGGCCGAGGCCAGCAUCGCCGUGCAGGACCUGGGCGAGAGCGUGCGCGCCACCAACAUGUCGGCGAGUACUGUCAUCAUCGACCAGCUGGACGAUCUGGGCGACAGCUUGAAGGUCCUGUCCGAGAAGAUCACCUCCUUCUUCACCAACGUCGACGGCGACAUGGACUCGUACCCACCACGCGCAUCUACUGACGACUGCAGCAUCCUGAUCACAAUGGAGUGGGCCCGCCGCGAGCUCUCCUCGAUCCAGUCCCCGCGCAGCUCCAUGCUCGACACCCUCGUCUCCAACGUGCACGGCGCGCUGUCCCUCACCGGCGCGCUCGAAGCAGACGGCCAGCCCACGUCCCUCGGCCGCAUCGUCAACGACGUCCUCGGCCACACGACAGCGCAACGGUCCCGCGCUACUCUGCAGCGCACAUUCGACUACCUCCUCUCCACCCUCGAGGAGAACAUUGCCAACGAGCUCCUCCGCGCCGACGUGCUCUUCAAGCUCUUCGAGAGCGUCGACCGGCAAUUCCACAAUCUGCACCGCUCCGUCGCGCGCGAAGAAGACAGCCUCGCGAACCGCAAAGACGAGUUCCUCGCGCGCAUGUGGCGCAACACCAUCACCAACAAGCUCAAAAUCGCCAAAUACGAAAAGAACCUCAAGCUCCUGCAGUCGGUGCGCGCGUCCACGCUCUCCAACAAAUCCGAGCUCAAGAGCCACAUCCAGGUCAUCAACAGCGUCAAGGACCAGCUCGACAAGGCCCGACGCAACUUAAUCGGCCCCCUGAUACGCCGCGCGCAGAGCAGCAGCGGCGGCCUCGAGGGCCAGCUGCUGGAGGUCGAGCGCACGUACGGCUUCCUCAAGGGCGUGCGAGACACGCAGAAACACCGCGUGCUGCGGGAGCUGUGGGGCACGGACCCGCGGCGCGUGCGCAUCACGGGUGAGAGGGACGACGGGGGGACCGAGGAGAUUGAGGGCGCGUAG